AUGGCAGUCGCAAACCCACAACGUGAUUUUCAGGUGAUUGAGAAGGAGGAUGCCAAAGAAGCUAUGGAGUACGUGCAGAAACAUGGCGUGUCCAACCUAUCGACGUAUCUUCAACACAAAAUUGAACAAUGGAAGGAAGUUGCCAUUAACAUAGGUAUCGUGGGCGAGGCAGGGGUGGGCAAGUCCAGUUUUAUCAACACUGUGAGGAACUUGAACGGUGAUGAUGAAGGGGCCGCCCCUGUCGGGGUCGUGGAGACUACCACAGAACCUACACCCUACCCGCACCCGUUUAACUCUAAAGUCAUCUUCUGGGAUUUGCCCGGCGUUGGCACACUCCGCUACCCAAAGGAAUACUAUCUGGAAGCAAUUGGUGUGGAAAGAUAUGAUUUUUUCGUCAUCCUCUCAGAUCGUCGCUUUACCAGUCACGAUGGAUGGCUCGCCGAGAUGUUGCUACAACGCAAGAAACCUUUCUUCUUUGUGCGUACGAAAUUUGAUGAAGCCAUUGAAGAUAAAUCAGAGAUAGAUCCGGAAGUGAUUCGCCAUAAAAUAGUAACAGAUGCUCAUAGAAGCCUAAAAGCGUUGAAACUUAAAAACUGUCAGAUUUAUGUGAUAUCAAACUUCGAACCAGACAGCUUUGAGUUUCCUAUCCUCAUGGACAGUAUAUUCAUGACUUUGCCCGAUCUCAAAUCCCAGGCGAUGGUGUUCACACUUGGAACCUUCUGCCACAGUGUCAUUAAGGAGAAGAAAACUUUUCUGAAAUCUAGGAUAUGGAAAGUUGCCACUCUCUCUGCGGCGGGUGGAGCGAUACCUAUCCCGGGCUUGGAUAUUGGUGUGGACAUCACUUUACUUGUCUUCGAGACAAAGUUUUACCUGGAGCAGUUUGGCUUAGACGACGAUUCUAUGACGCACUUGGCGGAGAGAACCGGAACUACAGUCGACUAUUACAAAGACGCCAUCAUUAAAUCGAGAAGUAUCUUAUUGGCACGGGGUGGAAUAACAUCCACAAUAAAAGGAAUCAUUUUGAAGCAAGCCUUAAAGGACUGUCCAAGGAAAUUUUUAAAAUGGAUUCCUUUUAUUGGGUCAGUUGUGAAUGCGGCAACCUCCUUUGGCACGACGUACUAUUUUUUAGAUAAGCUCAUCGAGGACCUAUCCACGGAUGCGCAUUCCGUGCUUGACCGUGUCACACAGAGACAGGUUGGAAAUGCUACACGUAUUGACUAG